AUGACAACUAAAACCAAGUACUCACAUGUUUCCAAUUGGAUAUUCUACAGGGCAAAUGCCAGAGCAAAAAUAUUGCUUGAAGGUAGUGUCUCUGAGCAGUAUGCUAUCUUGGAAGACUACUGCAAAAUGAUCUUGGCUACAAACCCAGGUAGCACCGCCAUCAUCAAAUCAAAUAUGGUAGAAGGAAAAAAGAUAUUUGAGAGGGUAUACAUCUGCUUAAAAGCUUGUAAGGAAGUUUGUGAGAAAGAAAACACUAACACUUGGUCUUGGUUUUUAAAAUUGUUGAAGGAAGAUCUAGAUAUUGACAGGCCUUCUGAGUUUGCUAUGAUGAGCGAUAGGCAGAAAGGGUUGGAGAAUGCUAUUGCUUCUAAAGACCACCCAGGUUUGUUAUUGAAACAACAACUAUGGGCAGCAGCAAAGACAACCACUAUUCCAGAGUUUCAAAAGAGGAUGAGCGAGUUAAGGGACACUAGUGAAAAUUCUUACAACUGGUUGGCACUAAAGACUCCAUCCGAGUGUUCUAGGUCACAUUUUAGUGAAAUGAUGAAAUGUAAUAUGUUGUUAAACAACCUAUGCGAAUCUUUUAAUGAUGCAAUAGUUGAUACUAGAGACAAGUUGAUAAUUACUUUGCUGGAAAAGAUUCGUUAUUGGCUAAUGAGUCGGUUUUUCAAUAAGAAGGAAAGUCUGAAGAAGUGGAUACAUCCCGUGGGGAAAAGAAUAUUGCAAGUUGUGGAGAGGAACAAGAAUAUUGCCAAGAAUUGUCUGACUACUGGGGCUGCAACUUAUCAAUUUCAAGUUGACUGCCCAAACAAUGAGUCAUUUGAUGUUGAUUUGCAAAAAAGGACUUCCAAUUGCCGAAGAUUUCAACUCACUGGUAUCCUGUGUGGUCACGCACUAGCUGCCAUAUGGACAAGUGGGGCAGAGAUAAUGGACUAUAUCCAUGAAUGUUAUAAGAAAGAGACAUUUCUAAAAGCUUAUGCAGUAAUCAUAUACCCUAUGCCAAGCCCAGAGCAGUGGCUAGAGACUGGUUUGAAUCCUAUAUACCCACCUUUAGAAACUAAUUUGCUAGGGAGACCAAAAAAAGGCCAGAAGAAGAAAGUCUGA